UGUCACUCAAUCUUCUGGGAAUCAUGAGCAUCUACUCAAUGACAUUGUAGUCCAUUCAGUGGAGUCCAUUCAGUGGACUACAAUGUCGUGUACUGUUCAGUGUCAGUUUUCUCCUGCAGAUGUUGUGUUGUUGAGGAGAGAGCACCGAGGUCAUCGGCAAACUAUCAGCUAAACUAUCAUGGCCACUUGAUAUGCUGAAAGAAAAGGGAUAAAAAGCAAGAUAUUUAUAUUAUAAUCUAAUUAGAGAUGCUAUAACAGCAGCCGCUGUCUAACCUGUCAAAUUUGACUGCUCCUUCAAUAAUCUUCAUUCAUUCAUUUUCAGUAACUUAUAGCUGUUGCUCUGUCAGAUGACGCACACUGUAUUUGAAUAACUGGUAUUUUAGCAGCAAAGACUCCACCUCUGUUUGAACACUGACUAUGCAGGUUAACUGUGCGUGUGUGUAUCAGUGUGUGUGUUCUGCAGGUGUGGUGGUUGCUGCAGGACGAAACUGACCGACCCCAAGAGCUGAAGAUGGCCCAUUGACGUUCAGCAGCCCAGAAAACCGCUCACGCUCAACAGCCGCCUGAACAAAUGGUGAAGAAAUGAGAUUUAAAUGAAAAGGAAGAAAAGUUUUGGACAGAAAGUCUCUUCGUCUCAUCUCAGCGCCUCAUUCAUUUCAACAUGAACACCAGCCGAACACCAAUACCAACCUCAACUCACCAGAAUGUAUCAGCCACGACAGUGGCUCAUUUUAAGACAGUUCAUCCCAUCACCAUCGUCUCCACCAACUCCACCUACACUAACACCACCCUCGAUCCAGCCCUUGUCGCUGUUAGCAACUUCUUCAAUGACGUGCUGGACAAGAUUCCCUUGCCUCAUUGGGCGAUCUACACCAUCUUUGUGAGCGGCGCUCUGCUGAUUCUGCUCUGCUGUCUGUGCAUCUGCAUAAAGUGCUGCUGCAAAGGCAAGAAGAAGCGAAAACAGAAGAACGAUGAGAAGAUCAACAUGUUGGGGGUGAAUGGGACCUCCACCACAGCUCUGGUUCAGCCAGAUGUGGCGGAUGUGGACUACGGCUCUACCAAAAAGCAGAGAGGGAAGCUGCUCUACUCUCUGGAGUACAACGCCCCUCUGUCUGAGCUCACAGUUGGGAUUAAACAAGCUGACAGCUUGAAGGCCAUGGACGUGGGAGGAAGCUCGGACCCGUACAUCAAAGUCUACAUCUGCCCCGACAAAUCCAUAACCUGUGAGACCAAAGUGUUCAGAAACACGCUGAACCCCAUCUUCAACGAACAGUUCAGCUUCCAGAUAUCCAAGUCCUCCCUCCUGAAGUCGACUGCGGUGAUGAAGGUGUUCGACUUCAAUAGAUUCACCAAACACAACAUCAUUGGUGAGCUCAGGGUGGAGCUCUGCAAUGUCGACUGGAACCACGUCAUCGAGGAGUGGCAGGAUCUCGGCGAACCUGCCAAGUUUGAGGAGGAAGAGCUGGGAGAGAUCUGCUUCUCUCUGCGCUACGUUCCCACUGCUGGCAAACUGAAUGUGGUGAUCCUGGAGGCCAAAAACCUGAAGAGCAUGGACACCGGAGGAUUCUCAGAUCCGUAUGUAAAGGUGCAGCUGGCUCUGGACAAGAGGAAGUGGAAGAAAAAGAAGACGUCCAUUAGAAAGAAGACGCUGAACCCGUAUUACAACGAAUCCUUCACCUUCGACGUGACAUUUCAACAAAUCCAGAGGGUGAACCUGGUCAUCUCUUUGUGGGAUCACGAUGCCGUGUCCCGAAAUGACGCCAUGGGGAAGAUAUUCCUGGGCUGCGACGCCACAGGGAACCAGCUGAGACACUGGGCCGACAUGUUGUCCAACCCGCGGCGGCCAGUCGCUCAGUGGCACAGCCUGCUGUUGGCCAAGCAGGUCAACUCCACGCUGAACCUGAAAAAGAAGAUCCCCCUCCGUGACAAACUGCCCCUCUGAUGGGAAACACACAGGAAAAUCAUUUCCAAUGCACCAAAUGAAGAGAUUUAAAUAUUAUUUCAAGAUUAUCUCUCAAAUUUGAGAUUAUUUUAUCUAUUUCAUUGAUUAUUGAUAUUUUGUAUUGUAAAUGAAAGAUUAACAAUUAUAUUUUAUUAACAAAAAUUUUAUUUUUUCCACUGGAAUGAACUGAAUCGUAACUCUAAAGAAAUCCCAUUCCUUUAACUUUAUAAGACCUUGCUGUAGUUUGAGUUAAAUAUCAUGUCAUCUCAUGUGAUCAUAUAUACGUGUCCGACUCUCAAAACUUCUCAUUGAAGAAUCCAUGAGCUGGGAAUGCUUGAAUUCUGUAGUGAAAGUUUCCAGUCACUAAUCAGACGGUUUCUUCAGAACCAUAGAUGUCUGAAACCCUCGCUGCUGUCCCUGAACAAGCUGAAAUGUGAGCUGAAGUGAAGAUUCUAUGUUGUGGAUUCACAUUGUUCAAGCAAAGAUAGGUUUUAAAUGUUAUUACCAUUGUUUAAGACUCAACAUCUGGACUAACAAGUGGUUGGCUGAUUUAACUGCAGUAUUUGAAGUGCUGGUUGUGAGAGCUGAGAGAGAAAGUAACAGGUACAUUUAAUGAAGGACUGUACUUAAAGGGAUAGUUCACCAAAAAAUGAAAAUUCACUCAUUAUCUACUCACCACUAUGCCGAUGGACGGGUGGGUGAAGUGUUUGAGUCCACAAAACACUCUUGGAGUCUCAGAGGUAAACAGUGUUUCAGCCAAAGUGACCCCUUCUUCAGACGUAAUAAAGGUCCACUCCCGGAAGUGGCGAUGCUAGCGGGCGUAGCCACAUGAAUGCGCACCCCACGUGUGCCCUUGGGCGACAGUGUGUGCAGUGUUCCAAGGGGCCAGACGGUAUGUGAACGCGCCUCCGAGGAGGAUAUCAGAGGACAUUUGGGCAAAAUCUGGGCCAAAACUACAUUUUGGCCAAAGAAAUAAAAACACAAAUGAAAAUGCAA